GCGGGAGCGGGAGAGGCGGCGCUUGCGUAGAGGCGCCUGUGAGGAGGGAGGGGCAGUUGCUUGGUUGUUGUAGUAACAGGAGAAGCGCCGGCAGGAACCGCGGUCACCGGGCCCCCAAGGGAGAUGAAGCAGCAGAAAACUGCACUGGCUAGAUCUAUCAAUUCUGCAGGGAAAUAUUUGAGAGGCUACUGUUUUUGGGUUCUAUGAAAACGUGUACAGGCAAUGCCAGCUGGGAUGGCUCGGGACGUGGAAGAAAUGGGGUCAUCUUCCGAGGAAGAUGUGGUGGUGGAAGGGCCAGAGGAUCACCCAUGCAUCAUGUGGACGGGUGGAUAUAAAAGGAUCCCAAUCCUGGUGUUUCAUGCAGAAGCUCUCCUAACAAAGGACAGCUACAUCCGCUUGAUUGGAGAGCGCUAUCGUUUGUCUUACAAAAUUGUGCGAACAGACAGUCGUUUGGUGCGCAGCCUUCUUGCGGCUCAUGGAUUCCGUGAGGUGCAUCCCAGCAGCACUGAGUAUAAUCUAAUGUGGACAGGAUCCCACUUGAAGCCUUACGUUCUACGGACGCUCACAGAUAUUCAAAAAGUCAAUCAUUUUCCCAGGUCUUAUGAAUUAACUCGAAAGGACAGAUUGUACAAGAAUAUCAAUCGAAUGCAGCAGACCUAUGGAUUCAAGACUUUCCAUGUCCUGCCUCAGACCUUCAUCCUCCCAGCUGAAUACCAAGAGUUUUGUAAUUCAUACUCAAAGGACAGGGGACCUUGGAUAGUGAAGCCUGUGGCAUCUUCUAGAGGUCGAGGUGUCUAUUUGGUAAACAGUCCGAAUCAGAUUUCUCUGGAAGAAAACAUUCUGGUCUCCCGCUAUAUCAGCAACCCCCUCCUCAUUGAUGACUUCAAAUUUGAUGUGCGGCUGUACGUUCUGGUGACAUCGUAUGAUCCUCUUGUUGUUUACCUCUAUGAGGAAGGUUUGGCCAGGUUUGCCACUGUGAGAUAUGAUCAGGGAACAAAGAAUAUUAAGAACCAGUUCAUGCAUCUAACAAACUACAGUGUCAACAAGAAGAGCGGUGACUAUGUCAGUUGUGAUGACCCUGAAGUGGAGGAUUAUGGGAACAAGUGGAGUAUGAGCGCAAUGCUGAGGUAUCUGAAACAGGAAGGGAAAGAUACAACAGCUCUGAUGGCAAGUGUGGAGGACCUCAUCAUCAAGACAAUAAUUUCUGUGGAGCUGGCCAUUGCUACAGCCUGUAAAGCUUUUGUCCCUCACCGUGGUGUUUGCUUUGAGCUUUAUGGAUUUGAUGUCCUCAUUGAUUCUACUCUGAAGCCUUGGCUGCUUGAAGUGAACCUGUCCCCUUCCCUGGCCUGUGAUGCUCCUUUGGACCUGAAGAUUAAAGCUAGUAUGAUUUCAGACAUGUUUACUCUUGUAGGCUUUGUUUGUCAGGAUCCAGGUCAGCGGUCAAGCCGGACAUCUUAUUACACAUCUGAGGCAAGGAGAAAUCCAUACCAGAAAAUACAACGCCCCGUAUCUGCACAGUCCCGAUCAACAAAUGCCAAACUGCGCUCUCGACCUCUCUCUGCUAGCGAUGCUGAGAUUAAAAACCUGAUGUCCUCAUCAAGGGAGAAAGCAGCAGGAAGGCAUGUCGGCUCCAUGCUGGGCCUUUCCAUGGAGGAGAUAAAAGUUCUGCGUCGAGUGAAGGAUGAAUAUGAACGAAGAGGGGGUUUCAUUCGCAUAUUCCCUACACCAAUAACUUGGGAUCUUUAUGGAUCCUAUUUGGAACACAAGACAACAAUGAAUUAUAUGCUGGCCACACGCCUUUUCAAUGAAAGGGGAGGGUCAAGAAGAGGGCCUCUCCCUAGACGAAAUCGAAUAAGUGUUAUUGGUGAACAGGGUCUAGAGGCUAUGGACUGUAAUGCUCAGCUUCAUGCCACCCUAUAUGAGCGGAAACUCCUGUCACUAGAGGUACGGAAACGAAGGCGACGUUUUGGCAAACUGAGAUCAGGACAUACAAGGUUAUCAGUGACCUCAAAGUCAGCUGAUAUUGUCCUCAAGUCAGACAUGGAGAGUGAAGAGGAAGAAGAGAUAGCAGAGGAGGAGGAUGAACUGGAGGUAUCUCGGUGUGAGACAGCUGGCUCUCUUAAGAAUGUGAAGGAGAAUCUGAAGUCUCAGUUGCCAGAGAAGGUGCAAGGAAAGUUGCCAAAGGACCCCGAAUACAAACUUGAAGGGAUACUGCCUCAGAAUAACAUGGAACCAUUACCUAAAGAUGCUGAACCUCCUUUUAAUUUGCUACAGAUUCUGCAAGAGAAUAGAAAUUUAAGCAAAGUUCAGGCUCGCAGGGCUUUCUCUGCCUACUUGCAGCGUGUCCAGCUGCGCCUGAUGAAAGAGGCUGGAGAUCAGGUCCAGAAUGCUGCCUGGGCUGCCAAGGAGGAUGAACAAAUGGAGCUGGUGGUCCGCUUUUUGAAACGAGCAGCCAGUAAUCUUCAGCAGUCUUUGAGGAUGUUACUCCCAAGUAGGCGCCUGGCACUAUAUGACCGUAGGCGCAUUUUGGCUCACCAGCUGGGUGAAUUUAUCAUCUGUUACAACAGGGAAACUGACCAAAUGUCUCAGGCAGGAUUAAUGAAAAAACAGGAGGAAGAGGAGGAAGAGGGGGUAGAUGCUGAAGGCUUUCAGGAAUUCAUUACCAAGGCAAGUGAAAGUGAUUUGGAGGAGGUGUUGACAUUUUACACACACAAGAAUAAGUCAGCAAGUGUCUUCCUAGGAACGAAUCCUGGAGCUUCAAAGCACAGCAGCAGCCAGUUGGAGUGCAAGGCCAAGGGAGGAAUGAGGGAAGAAGCUGAAAAACAGGAGCCUGAAACACCAGCUGGUACGGAAAAUGUGGUAGAGGAGCUGAGAAGUGAACGACCUACAGAAGCCAAACCAUACAGGAUUCCCUCUUUAACAGAAGAUGAAAAGAAUACACCACAACUUGCCCCAUCUACUACUGCUUCCACUGUUCGUGGUGACAUCCCCCCACAAAGCUUCAGCUCCCAGUUGUCCUCUCAUACUGCUGCCUCUGAAAAUGCAGACAUGCUGGAUCAUCACUCAACUCUCUCUCCCUCAUCUGGGUCUAGACCGAUUCCUUUCCCUUCUUUCCAAAGUGCAGUACCUGACACGUGGUCUAACUCGGCAAAAAAUGCACCCCGUGUGUCAUCAAACAAUGCAGGUUUACCCCGUUGUCGUUCUGGCAUCUACACUUCUGCCCCCUUCUCUUCUUUUCAAAGUGCCAUGCAGAUCUACAGCCAGAGAUUGUCUCGGCCAUCCUCAGCAAAAGCAGGUUCAAGCAGUCGCAGCCCAAGCAGACAGCGUGGUGGAUCUGCCAGGAUGACUAAAGAUGGAGAAGAUAGUUCUUCCUUAAGCAAGCGUUACAAUCACACAAUUGUUGCUGCAGAGCUGCAGCGACUGGCAGAGAAGCAGGCAGCCAGGCAGUACUCUCCUCCUAGCCACAUCAGUCUCCUUACUCAGCAGUUAACAAACUUGAAUCUGAUGAAUGGAGCUAUAAGCAGAGCAAAUGCAACCUCUUCUGCCAGUUAUCGGCCGCCAUUCAACCCAGGAGGUUCAUUUUGGGCCUUUCAAACAGGCACACCUACAGCUGACUACAGACCUGUACCUUUGGCUCUCAGGACUCUGGAGACCGACAGCCUUGCCUGGGAAGGGGAUGCAGAGAGCAGCAAGUUUAUAGGAAGCCAACCACUGCAUCCCAAGCUCCAGCCAACUGCUGGCAGCUAUCAGCUCCAUUUUGCCCUGCAACAGCUCCAGCAGCAGAAGCUCCAGUCUCGACAGCUCUUGGACCAGAGCCGAGCCCGGCACCAGGCAAUGUUUGCCAAUUUUCCGCCAUCCAGCAUCAGCCCGAUAGGUUUGUCAUCUGCUUCUGGAGCCUGCAGAACAUCAAGUGCCAUUUCUAGCAGCCAGAAGGCACCCAGCCUGUACAAGGUUAUGCAAUCUCAGAGUGCAUCUUCAAACUUGGUCCCAAAACCCCCAGCCAACCACAGACAGGCCAUGAUCAGAAAGGUAGCAUCCCAGAAGAUUUCCAAAGCAACAUCGACAGAAAGACAACUGAAUGGAUUCCAGAAUAGCCUUAAGACUGCUACAUCCUGGGAGCCACUUACAAACUCUGCAGGUCCUUUUGAAGCUGGUCCUCAAAUUAUAUUCGCCAAAUCUAGACCGUUAUCCAGUCGAUCCAGCACCAUUGAUAUUGUUGUAGGGCAAAGAAAGAAAAGGACAGUGCAGGCAGGGCCAGAUUAAGCUCCUGCUUGCACUUCUUUUUCAAAGUGAAGGAUUUAACUACAUAACAGAACAAACCACAAGUUCAGUGCUUCAGCAUGUAAGAAAGAGAUAAGUCAACAUGUCUGUUCACCAUUCCACACUCCCAGUCACACUCAGAUCGGCAACAAGGUCUGUUGUACACUCCAGAACUUCCUCCAGGACAGGAGAGCAGCCAAGCAUCUGUGGAACUGGUGCUGGAACUUGAGAGUUUCUACUUAAGCUUUCGGGGCUUCCUUUGCAUUCUCUAUCCCAUCUCCUUCCAACAGCUGGCCCUCCAGUUGUGGUUAGGACUCAAUGCAAGACAGAAGGCUUCCAACUGUGUCCCAGGAUCCAGGUGUCUUCAUCCUCUUGGUUGUUUCAGCUCCCUCAGAGACAGUGAAGGUUGCCUGCCAGCUGAUGGGCAAAGUUAAUAACAAUUUGCCAUCAGUGGCAUGAGGGAGUCUGAGUGCUGACUGACAAGAGGCUGCUGUCUUGAAUUUUGGCAGGAAGCCAUGGAAAUGCUCAAUCUCAAUAAAGUCAUUCAUUUUUGUUUA